CCAUCCCAACCUCCCCAAGCUGGGGAAGGGCCAAAGAGCCGCCAAAGCAGCGCCAAGCGCCGCAGCCACCGCGGUGCUGCCAGCGGCGGAGCCCCGACGGCCACGCGCGACGCCGUCCCGCUUGACAGUGAAGGAAGCGGCCGCCACCAAAACGCAGGCGAUGGAGGAGCCGCCAGUGAAUACGGAGCUCGCUGGCGGGGCCGCCGAAGCGCCGGCAGGUACCGGCCCGCGGUUACCAGCCGUGGAGGUGGCAGUGCCAAAAGUCGCCGUGGGGCUGAGCCUCGCCGGCGCAGCACCACCAGCCGCCCCUCAAGCCAAGGAGCCGGCGUUCAGGCUGCCCCGCUUGGAGGUGGCUGUGCCAGCUUUGCCGCUGCCAGCUGUGAUGGCAGAGCCCAGCACAACCACAAGUCAACCCAAAAUCAAGGUGGGGGAAGGAGACACCCCCCGCAACAGCCGUAAGGGUGGGGGUAGCCCAGUGCUGAAAAGCAAGCUGCCAAAUUUUGGCGCAGCCACAGGAGAGGAUCAGGAGGGGGAUGCCGGCGGGCGAGGGGGAUUUACCGGCAUCCGUGUCCCCUCCAUUGCCAUCACCGUCCCCAGCGCCGCCAUCGAGCUGGUCCCUGAGCUCAGCGUGCCCAAAGCAGAGCCGGCCGUCACCAGCGAGCAACCGCGGUUGGAGGUGAAGCUGCCCACACGGCGCCCGGAGUCACCACCGGCAGCGCCGGCUCAGUUGACCUUCCCGGCCAUGACGGUGCCGUCCAUCGACAUCGCUGUGCCGCGCGUCGGCCUGGGUUUGGCGCUGCCAGCGGAAGCCGGCGUUGCGGAAGCGCCACGUGAGGGGGAUGCUGUGGUGACACCAGACGUGGUGGCCAGGUUUGCCAAAGGGCUCCGAAAGCUCAGCCUGGAGCUGGAGCCCACGGCACCGCUGCCAGCAGUGGAAAUCACCCCCCCAGCGCGGCUCAUGGGGGACGUGCCAGCAACCGCCGCCAAACCCCCCAAAUUCACCCUGCCACGGUUCGGGUUGUCCCUUGCCAAGAUCAAAACGGGCGGGAGUGGCAGUGGGUAUCCCCCAGCGGCCCACGGUACAGCCGUGCCAGCACCGCCUGGCCGUGCUGUCACUGGUCCCACAGCGGCCUUAGACCUGGCUUUGGGGACAGUCAGUGCUGCUGGUGCCGGGGUCAAGCUGAAGGUCCCCAAAUUAUCCCUGGCGCCUUUCGGAGUCAAGAGUGAGGCCGAGGGUGCUGGUGGUGAGGAGGGUCCCCAGGAUGCCGGCCCAGUGAUGAAGCUGCCGCGGUUGGGAAUCAAGGGGUUGGGGGGGGACGACGGGAGGUCAGAAGAACUGGGGUCCCCUGGGACCCCCCGGCUUCGAGUACCGCGGGUGGGCAUCACACUGCCAGUGACGGGCAGCCAACGUGUGCCAUCGUUGCCUAAACUCCCUGCCGGGCCAGAGCUGGGCGGGGGGGUGAAAUGGCCAAAAUUUGGGGGAUCCAGCCCCGAUAUCCGCAUCGGGGGGGACCCCAAAAUGAUGAGACGUGGGGCAAGUGCCGAGAGCUUGAGCACUGGCACGGCAGGAAGGAAGAUGCCGGAGUCUCCUGGCACGACCCUGUUAAAGCUGAAAACCAGGGGGACAGUGGGUGAUGGGGGGGCGCAACCAUUGACCCCCUGGUUCACCGUCCCCACUGUGGGUUUCACCGCGCCAGGAAAACAACCAGCGGAUUCCGCCAGCUGGAAGAUACCAAAACCCAGCGGCGUGUCGGCGCUGAAGGUGCCGGCAUUGGAGUUGGCGCCACCGGGGAUGGAUGGGAUGGAGGAGACCACCGGGAAGGACACAGCACCAGGACACCAGUCUAGGGUCAAACUGCCAAAAUUCGGCACAGGUUUUGCCGGGAGCGGGUUGGAAGGCGAGGGGAGGAUGAGGAUGGGCGGCGUGAAGAAGGCGCUCUUGGUGUUGGUGAAGCCGAAGGGGAAAGAAGACAGCCAGGUGGUGGACGCCCUUCCCCGUGUCAAUGGCGAAGCAGAGGGCAAGAGCCGGCGAUGGCGCCGGGUGCCCAGGGUGGGUUUCUCCCCAGGGGGGUCCGCACCAGAGCCCCCCAUCACCCGACCCAAGGAGGGGAAGAUUCGGUUACCCAGCGUUGAGCUCUCCCCUGGGGACCCCGAGUUCAACCAGCGGCCAUCGGUGACGGAAUUCACCCCACACUUCAGUCUGGGGGCGUUUGGGGGUGAGGGGACCCCUACAUUUCAGCUGCCUAAGCUGACACUGAGCCCCCAACCCUGUGGUGAGCGGUAAACACCCCCCCCGAGCAUGGGGGCGUCUUCAGGGACCCCCUGAAACAGUGAUGGGGUGGUGGAGCAUCACUUGCUCCCCCAAGGUCUCUUUAAUCCACUUACUCCCCAAAAAAUUUCUAACCCAGCUUUUUUUGGGGGUUGUUUGAAGCUUUUUGCCCAUUUUCCAGGUGUUACUAUUAACCGGGGAGUGGGCGGGAUGGCAGCAUCGCUCCCCUGGCCCCUUGCUCUCAGCUUGGCCCAAAUAAAUGUUAACACCUCAAAAAA